UCAAAGACGGUUGCUAUUUGCAAUUGUAUAAAUUGGAUUCACCAUUCGUUUGUCCUUUUUUAUAUUGUUGGUGUUCCAAGAAAAAGCUUCUAUAUCAAGAAAUUGCUGAAAAUAGACGUGAAUAAGGCGAAUCGGCUGGUCGUUGUUCGUGGUAUUUGUGGUGACAAACGAAGCUCAAUCUUUCUUUUGAAAAUUGGCCAAAUCAAUUAAAUUAAAUUUCAUUGAAAGUCAAUUGAUGGAAUAAUUAUUACUUGUGUAGUUGUGAUGUGGGAAAAGAAGAGAAAAAUUAUCGAACACAAUGACCAGACGGUGAUAAAUUUUGCGAGAAGCAAUCCAGUCAAAUUUUAUUUUCAUUCAAUUUGUAUAACUUUUAUUUAUUGCAUAAUUUAUGUAAUUUAGUUUUUGAAGUUGCGAGCAAAUUUUCAGUUAGAGAGAAACAGAUAUUAGAAAAAAAACACUUUGAUCGAGAUAAAGCAAAUGAAAAAAAGUGAAAAAAAAUCUUGUUCGACAUUUCUCUCGUUUGAUGGAAAAUUGGUGUGCACAAGCCUGUCUGUGGAUGCUGUGAAAACGGAAGCUUUUCGUUCAAUAUUGGACGAGAUUUGAGAGCACGCGCGUCGACUAGCUGAGUGAAACGACAGCCAGAAGCUUUUUUCCUUUUCCACGUUACAGACAACACAACAUACAUUCGCACUGAUUAUCCGCUCUUGCGUUCAUUUGCGUAUGUGUGCGCCCAUGUCCGUGUCUGUGUCCGGGUGUGCAUGUGAUCUGUCUCUGUGUGUUUGUUUCGCAUACGUGUAUACCGAGAGGCAGUCAGCACUUGAAUAACAACUUGAACUGAAAUAUCCCGAGCUGAAAUAAAACGAAAGGUCCAUUAUCAUUUGCACAAUCCACCGUUUCGCGUGUGUUUGCGAUUGGGUGAUAUUUUUGUUACAUACAUCCUCGUUAAAAAAAGAUGUCGUCUACUCAAUUUGCCAUCAUCUGUGCCAUUAUUUCGACGGAUUUGAAAUGAGUUUUCGUUACGUAAAUCACCGUCAUAGCUGAAAUUUUCGAAGUUUUGUUGACUCUCUGCUCUGCUCUACUCGGGUCGUAAUCGAAAGUCAACGGAACGGUGUCGCAGGCUUGUAUCCCAAUUUCGACAAAUCGAAGAUACAGAAAAAAAGAUCAAGAGAAGAAAGGUGAAUUUUUUUCUACCCAUAGUUGCCAUCGUGCGUCAAAACUGAAAAGCUGAAAAAAAAAACAUAAAACGAAGAUGUCCAAAUCGAAAACGAGAACACUACACUGCCUGUGGCUUUUUCUCCUGGCAUGCUUAUGCAGUGCAUCGCUAGCGAAUAAUGCAAAAAUAAAUUUCCGAGAAAAAGAGAAGAAGGUGCUGGAUCAAAUUUUAGGAGCAGGAAAAUAUGAUGCACGUAUUCGCCCAUCGGGGAUUAACGGAACCGAUGGUCCGGCGGUGGUUCGUGUCAACAUUUUUGUUAGAAGUAUAUCGAAAAUUGACGAUGUUACCAUGGCGAAUAUAGCUGCUUGAAAGUCGACCUCUUAUUCAAACGCGAAUUCUCGUACUAUUUGAUUCAAAUCUAUAUUCCAUGCUGCAUGUUGGUUAUCGUAUCAUGGGUUUCAUUCUGGUUGGAUCAAGGAGCCGUACCAGCUCGCGUUUCAUUAGGUGUAACCACACUUUUGACAAUGGCAACACAAACGUCCGGUAUAAAUGCGUCGUUGCCACCGGUAUCGUACACCAAGGCCAUUGAUGUUUGGACAGGUGUUUGUCUGACGUUCGUGUUUGGAGCAUUGCUCGAAUUUGCUCUAGUCAAUUAUGCAUCCCGUUCGGAUCAUGCGGCAGAUAUGCAUCGUGAGAAUAUGAAGAAAAAACGUCGUGAACUUGAACAGGCCAGCAUGGAUGCAGCCUCCGAUCUGCUCGACACCGAUAGUAAUGCAACCUUUGCAAUGAAACCAUUGGUUCGUCAUCCGGGCGAUCCGUUAGCGUUGGAAAAAUUACGACAAUGUGAGGUGCAUAUGGCACCACCGAAAAGACCAAACUGUUGCCGUACAUGGCUCUCCAAGUUUCCCACAAGAUCGAAAAGAAUCGACGUUAUAUCGCGAAUAACAUUCCCACUCGUUUUCGCCCUGUUCAACCUCGUUUAUUGGUCUACGUAUCUAUUCAGAGAUGAGGAGGAGAAUUAAGUCUUUUUUAAGAAAAAAAAAAGAGGAAAAAAAAACAGAAAAUUAGCAUCGCAUUAAGAUACAAAAAUUAAGACAACAACAAAUUACCUAACUUUAUCUAGCCAAAUUAAUUGAUGAACAAAUUUAAUGUGCAACACAAAUUGUUGGAGAACACAUGACGAAUUUAAAAUUGACAGAGAGAAAUCGAUUUGCCACAAAUGCUGAAUUGAGAGUGAAUUUUAUUGGUUUUGGUCGACAUUUACAUAGCCUAAUCGCGUCGGGUUUCUAUCAAACCUAAUCUUUGAUGUAUGAAAAACCGUAAAUUUAAGAUCUUUGUCCAUUGAAAUGAUUGAAAUGUUUACCAUGGAAAAGUAACUUUGUUUAUUUGGAAAAGAAAAUUGUGUGUCAACAUUUUUCUUCGAGAAAAAAAGGUGAAAAUUUCUCUAACUAUUCCAGGCUGACCAUCGCAACAUAGCUCUUUUGCUAUUCGACAUCUAUUUUGGUGGAUCCAAUUCGAAAUUUUACAAUCAUUAAUUUUGCUAUGCCAAUAAACGCAUUUUACGGCUAUAUUUCGUACACUUCAUCGUUUGAUCAUCAAUCAAAAUUAGAACCCAAGCAAAAUUCUGCAUUUUAUUUAUUAAGAAAUUGAUUUGGUUAAAAUAUUAUCCAAAAUCGGUUUUGAAUAUUUGGAAUAAAAAGAGUUUCUUCUUGUUAUGGACAAUUGUUAUAUUGAAUGCGCCAAAUGCACACGAAUUAUUUAUUCCUUAAAUUUAAAUUUUAAAUGGCUAUAAAUUUAUGUUAAGCUAACCAAAAAUAGAUAUUUCUAUGAUAAGAAGAAAUGAAUUAUUUUCGAAAUUGUGAAAAAGAAUGUGUCCUUGAAGUGAAGGGAGUUUCGUCCAAUUUAUUUUUCUUUGCUUUUUAAUUUGACUUAUAUCGAUGGUCAGCCAAAAUGCAUUUUUUGAAAUCUCACUUACCGAGCCCUGCUCAAUUUAAGAUGCUUUCCAUGUCAAUGUAAGUUGUUCCACAUUGAAAAUAGAUAGUAUAUUUCCAUCUUUGUAUUCGAAAUCGAUUCCGUAAUUUAAACAAAACAUAAAUUACUAGCACGAACGAAUCAAAGUGUCCGACACCUCAAGAGUGAAUGUCAAAUGAAAUUUAUUAGACAGCAAGAGCAUUGGUUCUCAUUUUCUCACCAUAAUCUCUUUUGUACCAGACGUUGAUUAGGAGCUCAGCUUCAUACAUAUAUGUAUAUAUAUCUACAUACGUAGUACCGUACCGCAAAUAUCGUUUACACCAAAUAAAAAAACAAACCCACAGCAAUUGCGAUUUUCGAACAAAAAUAUACAACAACAACAACAACAACAACAAAGAAACAUUUUUAAUAGAUUAAAAACAAGUCACAAAACGGCACUUUAUCAAAUGGCGAAAUUUAUUAACACGAAACACAUAGCCGAAUCACACAGCCUAAAUCCUUGAAGAAUCUACCUACAAAACCAGAAUAUUUAAAAAAAAACAACAAAUAUAUCGGAAUCUUAUGCUUGCAAGUCACAUUCAACACAUGCAUUUUGCUACAACGCAAUUGAACAAAAAAAUAAAAUAAAACAAAGAAAAAAUUACGGUUGUUAUUGUGUAAAUCUUGGUAAAAUCCUUUUUUUUUACCCAACAAUGAUGAGAUUGAUGCUUUGACGAUUUUUUGUAAGAUUUUGAUUGAACCCACAUAUAAACUCUAAUAUUAAUAAGCGUGUAGGUGUAUGACUGUUUGUUUUUUAAUUUGUCCAGAAUUUUUUAAUGCCAAAACCAACCAGAUAAGCCAAAAUAAUGAAUAAAAAUUCAAGGUGAAUUCCUCGUAAUUCACGUGCAACUGAGAAAAAUGAGCAGAGAACGUUUUUCCAAAUGGUUUCCCUUGAACUCGUGUAAAUUUUAAUGAAAAUGCAAAUCGAAAUCAAUAGAUUAAAUGCAUUUAAAACUAAUAACCGUUGAAUGGGUCCAACCCAUGAUUUGUGUGAUUCGAUCCAAUUCAUUUUGUUUUGAAACUUUUUAUCCAAACGAAAAACUACUCGUGGAAAGGGACUUAAUGUGUUUAUGCUUGAAAAAAAAACAAGGGUAGAAACUGUGUUUAAAAAUAAACCCAAUAAAAACUGCUCUAUUGAAUUAUUAGAUAUUAAAUUAAUGAUAACAAUGAAAACGCCAUGGUAAACACAUAUGGUUUCUAAUGGUGAUUCAAAAGAAAAAUGCACCAAAUUUCAUUUUUAACAAAAGACAAAUUAAAUCGAGACAAAACUGUUAGUAUGUGUUUUCCGUUUCCAAAUAUUACAGGGUUAUUAAGUGAAAUAAAACAUGAGGUUAAAGGAGAAAAAAACAACCAAAAUGGCGUAUGUAAUUGCAAUUUAUCUAUGUUAGAUAUUAUAAAACUAGAAGAGUUUACGUGACAAAUCGUUUUCAAUGUGAGCACCGUACUAAAGAGAGGACUUAAAUUAAAUGAUACGCGUUUAAUGUGUUUUCGUUUAGCGCCCCAUAUCGAGCAGAAGGAGUAAAUGAAAAUCAACAAUUCCCCCAAUUAUUAUAUAUGUAAAGAAAACCGGUUGACUACCGCUCAGAAUACAGAAAUCCAAAAAAUGUCCUUUCUUUUUCUUCUCCGGUGAUUUUCCACCAUUUGAGCAUAGCUGAUUUCACACAAUUCGAUUUUGAUUUUUGGCAACUUUCACAAGCAGCUCUCAAUAGUUUCUAUGGUUUUUCUCUAGUUCCCAGAAUGAGUAUAUUUGCUCAUGGAAUUGGACGUUCACCAAAGUUAAACAACAAUUUAUCAAAUUAAAAGAAGAAAAAAUUAAUCAAUAACCUAAUUAUAUACGACGAAUCAAAAUAAUCAUGUUUAAAAAAAUGAAACAGAAAUAUUAACGUAUAUCGGUUGUGUUUUAAGAAGAAAAAACCAAAUGAUGCAAUGAAAAAGAAAUGAAAAUAAAACCAAAAAAAAAAUGAGUUUUUAUACAUAGAUUUUAUGUAAAUACAGAUAAUAUGUUAGGAUAUGUUUUUCCUUCUUGAUUAACUUUGAUCAAGUUAUUAAUGUUGGGACUUUGUAGCAUGAUCACACAUUUUUGAACGAAAAAUUACCAAACAAACACAACCUGUUCGUAGUUCUAUGAUUAUAUUAUUGAAAUCUUUUGAUAAAUGAUAUCUUCUUCAAAAUUUGAAAAACACACACACACACAUUAGAUUCCAAUUUUUUUUAGUCGAUUCGCAAAGGCUAUUUAUUACACACUUACACAAUCAUUAUACGGAAUUGAAGCAAUUUCAUUCCCAUUUUAUUUUUGUAUAAAUUUAUCCUGGUUUUUGUAAACCAUUCUUUCCGAUCCAUAAUAUUCGAUUCGCUGCAAUUAUACGACUUAAUCUCACCACUAUUCAUGUUACCGAAACUAAAUAAGUUAUGCGUAAAAUUGACGAAAUUUAAACCAAAGCAACAACACGAGAAAAAUAAAUUACUGCAUCAGAAGCACUACUCUUAGACGAAAAAAAAAAUUCCAUUUAUUAUCUACCUUGAAAUUGGAAUGAAUAUUAGAAUCACCAAUGACAAAAACAAACCGCAUCAAUGAAAAUGUCUGCGACAGAAAAAUGCGAUUUAAAUUAGAACAUUUAACAUCAAAUCAAGCAGAACAAAAACCCUUGAUCAAUUUUAAAACUAUUUACUACACAACCGUACGAUAGAGAGAACACACACAGAGAGAACAAAUGCUAUGAUGAAAAUUAUAUUUAAAAUAAAGUAAAGGCAACCAAAUUAUAAAUUAAGAUUAAACGGAGAAAAAUAAAAAAAAAUAUUUAUAUGAUACAUUAGUAAUAUGGAUACCGAACA